AUGGGCUCGGUGGUUGCUGCAAACUCCUUCUUUGGCCAUCACUCCUCGCCCAGCCAUCCGCAGCACAACGUCUUCCGAGAAACGACGCCACGCUCGACUGAUACCCCCGAUUACCACGAUUACGAAUAUCACGACCACGACCGAAGCCCGCCGCCCUCGACGAAACGAAGCCGCGCCGAGGCCAACUCACAUAUGUCCGAAUCGGCGCAGAGAGCACCCAGCUCCUCUGCCGCCCGAUCGACGCCCCAACAACAGAUACAGCGAGAAACGCCGCAGCAACAUGCUGCUGCUCAGACAAAUGCGCGUGCCGAGUCGCAGGCGGCCCAGCACAACGCGCCACCACCGCCGAGUCCCUCCCUAGCAGGACGACUUGCCCCACCAACUCGGGACGGAUCUCAGACAUUGCGGCCACAAGCGACGGGAACACCGACUGCGGCAGAGAGGCCGUCUCGAUCGCGAAAGAUCAAGGUGCGCGACCUGGAACACAUCCAGAGCUUUGCGACAGAGGACAUGCGCAGCUUCUCUGAGAUCCGCAGCAGGAGCAGAUCCCGAUCAAGAGGAGCAGAGGACGAUGGUCCGCAGUUUGAGAUCAGUGAGAUGAAGGUGGAGCAUGUCAUAGAGAUGGUCGCAGGACUGCUCACUAAGAUUACAACCACAAACGACCGACAACACGAGCAUUUGCAUAGACAGCCUCCUACGAUUGAUGCGGCCUCACAUCUCCCACAACAGACGAGUAGCGUGUUGGCUUUCCACGGCAAGAACGUGCCUAGCAUCACGAUUCUGAGCUAUCUGAGCAGAAUCAACAAGUACUGUCCUACAAGCUAUGAAGUAUUCCUCAGCUUGCUAGUCUACUUCGACCGCAUGACCGAGCGUGUCAACGCAGGUCCAAUGCAAAGCUUGCGAGAUCAACAGGCACAAUCCGUAAGGGAACAGAGCCGCAACUCUUCGGCAGAAUCGCUCGAGUCAGACCGAAUGGAGGGCGUUACAGCCACGACACCUUCAGGCACACAACAAGUCACACCUCCACACUCUGGCACACUGGGAAAAAGCGCUCAACGAGGCGCACCAGGCACACCACACAGCAGACCUACACAACCCGAAUCACCAUCAAUACCGGCAGAACCCACCACGAUCGACCCCUACAACCUAUCCCACUUCUUCGUGGUCGAUAGCUUCAACAUUCACCGUCUCGUCAUCGCCGGCGUGACAUGCGCCAGCAAAUUCUUCUCAGACAUCUUCUACACCAACUCGCGCUACGCAAAGGUUGGCGGCCUUCCACUUCCCGAACUGAACCAUCUCGAGCUGCAAUUCUUGCUUCUGAACGAUUUCCGAUUGAGCGUCCCGGUCGAGGAAAUUGAGGCGUACGGGACUAUGCUGGUUGAGUUCUAUGCCAGGGAAGUCGUGGCGCAGAAGCAGGCGGCUGAGGCUAUGCAGAUGAGGAGCUUGAGCGAGUCGAGCGAGGAUAGUGUGGCGACUGUGCGGGCUGUUGGGUAG